AUGCGGUUUCUGCUCCUAGCUUUCCUCUUCUUCCUUCUCAGGACAGAAGGAGAAGAUUCUGUUUCUGUCUUGAAGAGUAAGAGCCAUGAAACAGCCCUCCUUGGGGACAAUAUAACCCUGAAAUGUAACCUGACCAUCACUAGUGCAACUGUUCUGCAGAUUACCUGGCAGAAGCUGAAAGGAUUUAUGCCAGAAAACAUAGGCACCUACAGCAUCAUGUAUGGUGAAAAAAUUCACCCCCCCUAUAACAAAGAGUUUCACUACAAGAGUUCAGAGCUGACAUCAUCAAGCGUGACAAUAUAUAAUGUGACUUUGGAGGAUGAAGCAUGUUACAAAUGUCUCUUCAAUGUUUUUCCAAAUGGUAUCCAUGGAGGACAGAUCUGCUUCAGUGUGCAGUAUGUGUCUGAAUUAAAAACUGAGCUCCUGUCUCAUCCCAUCAUCGAGGGAAUUGUUAUAGUCAUCUGCUCAGCUACAGGAAAGCCUGCCCCUCAGAUCACCCUCUCCAGUGAGAGGGUAUUGAUAGGAUCACCUAAUGCAUCCAUUGACCGGAAUCCAGAUGGCACAGCUACUGUCACUCAAUGGUAUAAUAUCUCUCUGAAAGCCAUGAGAUCCUUGAAACUUCAGAAUGUGUCCUGUAACAUGGAUCAUCCUCAAAGGAAGGAAAAAAUACUUGUUUCUCUUCCUCAGGAACUAGACUGUAAGUAAAAAGUGGGAGACCAACAAGGUGAAAUUCAGAUUGAAAUAUUUGUGGGUCAUGUCUUUUAG